AUGGCAAAGGAAGCAUCGAAUGGAGAACCCAACUCUGCAACCAAAGCUCCACCAACUCCAUCUCCUUUAAGAUUUUCCAAGUUCUUUCAGUCCAAUAUGAGGAUUUUGAUCACUGGAGGAGCUGGAUUUAUUGGUUCUCACCUGGUGGACAGGUUGAUGGAAAACGAAAAAAAUGAGGUUAUUGUGGCGGAUAACUAUUUCACUGGCUCGAAGGACAACCUAAAGAAAUGGAUUGGUCAUCCAAGAUUUGAGCUCAUUCGUCAUGAUGUCACUGAGCCAUUGCUAGUUGAGGUUGAUCAAAUUUAUCACCUUGCUUGCCCUGCUUCUCCGAUCUUCUACAAAUACAAUCCUGUAAAGACCAUAAAGACGAAUGUAAUUGGGACAUUGAAUAUGUUGGGACUUGCCAAGCGGGUUGGAGCAAGGAUUUUGCUUACAUCAACUUCCGAGGUCUAUGGAGAUCCACUUGUACAUCCUCAGGAUGAGAGCUACUGGGGAAAUGUUAACCCAAUCGGAGUCAGAAGCUGCUAUGAUGAAGGAAAGAGAGUGGCUGAAACUUUGAUGUUUGAUUAUCAUAGGCAGCAUGGGAUAGAGAUAAGAAUUGCCAGAAUUUUCAACACUUAUGGACCCCGAAUGAACAUUGAUGAUGGACGUGUUGUCAGCAAUUUCAUAGCCCAAGCAAUCCGUAACGAGCCUUUGACUGUUCAAGCACCUGGAACUCAAACCCGGAGUUUCUGUUAUGUGUCUGACAUGGUUGAUGGCCUUAUCCGACUAAUGGAAGGAGAGAACACUGGGCCUAUCAAUAUUGGAAAUCCAGGUGAAUUCACCAUGGUUGAACUUGCCGAGACUGUUAAGGAGCUUAUCAAUCCUGAAGUACAGAUCAUAUCGGUGGAGAACACACCAGAUGAUCCUCGUCAGAGAAAGCCGGACAUCACAAAAGCAAAAGAGUUGUUAGGCUGGGAACCAAAGAUCAAGCUACGCGAUGGUCUUCCUCUCAUGGAGGAUGAUUUCCGACAGAGGCUUGGAGUUCCCAGAAAGAACUGA